CACACAUUGCUUCAACUCUCUCUUUUUCUAUUCCAACUUCUUUAAAACCAAGCCUUAUUUCUCAAUUCUCUCUCAGGGUACAGACAGAAAGGAGAGAGAUUCUAAACUAAACCAUAAUGAAGAACACAAACACCAACACUAAACUCAUUCUCCUUCACCCUUAUAUCCAAAAGCAAGGAAGCUCCAAUCGACUAUGGCUUCUAGCCUUCGUAUCAAUCCUCACCCUUGUUUUCCUUGUCACCCUCAUUUACACAAGGGAGUCCACCUUCAUUACCAACGCAACUUCUUCUGUGAUUGCAUCUUCCAAUGCCUCAGUUUCUGGUCUCGAAAGUGCUCCUUUGCCAGCCACAGUGAUCAACACUCUCCUCCACUAUGCCUCAAAAUCCAACGACACCUACCGCAUGCCACACUCAGACCUCAAACCCAUCUCUAACGUGCUUCGAAAGUGCUCAUCCCCAUGCAACUUCCUCAUCUUUGGCCUCACACCCGAAACCCUUCUCUGGAAAGCCCUCAACCACAACGGAAGAACCGUUUUCAUCGACGAAAACCGUUACUACGCUGCGUAUUACGAAGAAUUGCACCCAGAAAUCGAUGCUUACGACGUGCAAUACACCACCAAAAGGAGCGAGAUGAAGGAGCUCAUAGCUUCAGCUAAAGAACAGGUUGCCAACGAGUGCAAGCCAGUGCAGAAUCUUUUGUUUUCUGACUGCAAACUAGGGCUCAAUGACCUCCCCAACCAUGUAUACGAGGUUGACUGGGAUGUCAUAUUGGUGGACGGGCCACGUGGUGAUUGGCCCGACGCUCCUGGCAGAAUGUCAGCGAUUUUCACCGCUGGCGUUCUCGCCAGGAGCAAGAAGGGUGGAAACCCUAAGACUCAUGUGUUUCUGCAUGACUUCUCCGGGGAAGUGCAGAAGGUUUGUGGGAGUGAAUUUCUAUGCAAUGAGAAUUUGUUGGAGGCAAGUGAGGAUUUGGGGCACUAUGUGUUGGAAAGGAUGGAUGAGAGUAGUGUGCAGUAUUGUAAGAAUAAUCACUCGUCUUCUGGGUCAGGUGCUUCUUCUUCAACUUAAGUAGUUGCUCGUUCUCUCAACCAGAUUACUAUAAGCUACUCAGAAUCAAUCAUGUAGUCACAAUUGUUUCGUCUUCCUUCUGGGUAUUUAUCAUCCUUUCCAUUGCAACAUUUUGUUUUUGUUCACUUCCUGGCUGGAGCCUGUAAAAAAUAAUUCUUUUUUGGUCUUGCCUUUUCAUUUUAUGGCACUCAAAAUUGUGAUUUCUUUAAUGAAGUCAAGUUUCCCGAUUCCAAUUGA